CAUUUAUUAAAAAUUUGUAGAUAGAAUCUUGCUUCAGAUUUUUUAAGUAUUAAGAAAAAAACAUAUUACUUUUAUCUUACGGAGAAUUUUUGUAAAAGCAAUGGAUCGUUUCCAGUGGUGGGAGAACAACUUUCAGCCUGGUGAAACAGAAAUUUUACAGCAACCUUCUGUAAAGUUAUAUGAUGGCAAUAAAAAAACAUUGUUUGAAUCAGGGACUUUGACACUAACUAGUCAAAGAAUCCGAUGGAAGGAUGAUAUAAAUCCAAAUACUGAUAUGAGUUUAAAUUUGUCUCACAUCGUGUUAAUUGAGAAAGAGAAUGCCACUUGGACUAAGAGUGCAAAAAUUAUUGCUCAUCUCGGUGCUAUACUAGAAGAAGAUAAAAAACCUGGUCCAGUCAAAUACAGUCCCUAUAAUUAUGUUAAAUUUUCAUUUAGGGGAGGUGGUGAUAAAGAGUUCUUCAAUGCUUUCUCUGAGGCAUUAACAAAAAGGGCUUGGGAAGAUCCUGCUGUGGCUUAUCCAAAGGGAAAACAGUAUCGUGCUGGUAUAGUUGGAAUAGAGAGACAGAUAAAAGACCGCAAUGAAGCAACUGGAGAAACAAUUUCUGAAGCAUUUGAAGAUUUGAAAGGUUUGAUGAAAAUGGCAAAAGAAAUGGUUAACCUUUCAAAAACCAUAUCGCAAAAAUUAAGAGAAAAACAAAUGGACAUAACAGAAGAUGAAACUAUUCAAUUUAAAUCUUAUCUGCUGAGCCUUGGUAUUAGUGAUCCUGUUACUAAAGAUGAAUAUGGUUCUGGUAGUGCAUUCCAUACUGAGUUAGCUAAACAGUUAUGUGAUUUACUUAUGAAACCAUUAAAUGAAGCUGGAGGUACAUUGACUUUAGCAGAAGUUUAUUGCCGUGUGAACAGAGCAAGAGGAGUUGAGUUGAUCUCUCCUGAAGAUUUGCUCAAUUCUUGCUUAAUGCUAGAAAAAUUAAAUUUGGCUGUGAAACUCCAUAAAUUCGACAGUGGAGUUAUGGCUCUUCGUCUAGUGGCAGAAGAUCCCAUGGCUGAGGCUCGUGAAGUUAUGCAAAUUCUUCAGGAUAAUGAAUCCUUGACUGCUGCAGAGCUGUCUAUUCUCACAAAAGCUACAGUUGUGAUUGCAAAAGAACGACUGUUAUUUCUUGAGAAACAAGGCCUUGCAUGUAGGGAUGAUUCUGUAGAAGGCCUUCGAUUUUAUGCUAAUCAAUUUUGAUUUUUUGUAAAAUUUGCCAAAAGAUGUUUUAAAUGUCAUUAUACUAUAUUACAGUAUUUUGAUUGGUUAUAUUAAGAUUGUUUCAUUAAUUAUGUAUUUGAUGUAAUGUUUAAAUAUAUAUAGACAGAGAAAUAUUCAGUGUCCCAUAAUAUUUGAGUAAAUUCUGAUUCUUCUGUAUAGAUGUGAAUUUGAACUUUUAAAAAAUUAUUUAUUUAUUUGGGACCCAUAAUAUUUGAGUAAAUUCUGAUUCUUCUGUAUAGAUGUGAAUUUAUUUGAACAACUUUUAAAAAAUUAUUUAUUUAUUUGGGAGUGGGUCUUUUGCUUUAAGAAUAAAUAAUAUUUCAGUUUUAAAUUUUUGUUUUUCAAUUUCUGAUCAGAAAUAUAUGUAUGAAAGGUGU